CAAAUCCAACCCAUAAAGAAAGCAUCAUGGAGGUCUGCAUAUUCUUCCUUUAUGCUAUGAUACUUCUCCCAGGUGUUGCUGCCAGUGUGCAUCAGGUGAAAUCAUUUCUCAAUCACACUGCAUACCUAUCCUGCUAUUUUCCAAAUUCUCAGAAAACUGACAUAAAGGAUUUAAGAGUUUUUUGGCAAAAAGGCGCUGUCGAAGUAGUCCAUGAAGUAUACUACGGCCAAGAAAAACAUGAUAACCUUAGUCCUAAAUACAUAAAUCGCACCAAGAUGGAUAUGGACAAAUGGACCUUGCAAUUAUUAAAUGCAGGAAUUGUGGAUGAGGGACAGUAUACAUGUAUUAUACAGCACAGAGAUAAAGGAUCGCCAAAGGUCAUACACACAUCUGAGUGCUUACUGCACAUCAUUGCCAACUAUAGUCAACCUGAAAUAGUAUGGCUGCACACUGGGGAACUAAAGCCCAAUGUGAAUCUCUCCUGUUCUUCCAGCGGAGGUUAUCCAGAGCCGAAGCAGAUGACUUGGCUAAUUUCACACAACAACAGAACAUACAGGCUUAUGCGUCACAUGGAUGUCUCGCAGGAUGCUGUAACAAAGCUGUACAAUGUUACUAGCAAGCUGAAUAUCACAGUUCCUAAAAACACCCUCACUAAUAUUAGCUGCUUGCUUCACCUUGGAGAGCAGCUGGGGAGCCUUGUCUCAGUGCCACUAGGCAUAGAGAUACAGGGGAAAGAAAUGGAGCAAGUGAAGAUAAAUUUCUUUGUCCCACUUAUAUCUGCAAUUGUACUGAUCACGCUGCUUCUGGGUUUUGUGAUGCUGAAGAAGAACAGAAAUAUCUCAUCUACCCACCAGAGUGUCAGUCUAGCAGUCUAGAAGCUAUCCAGCUUGAAACCGAGGCCAUCAGCCAGACUGCUGACUGGGAACUAUCUCUGCAUAUAGCAAGGCCUGGGGUCCCAUAUUCUUAGAUGCUCUGCCAGAACAAGAAUCUUCCCCAGAUACCCUGCAGAAAAACAUGCAACAUGUUUGUCUGAUGGCUGAAAUCCACUGUUUAGUGUUCUCUGCUUUUGUUUUUGCUCCAGAAUGGUAGUAAAUACAAUGCUC